CCCUGUCACCCAUGUACACUACUCUACGAUCCUCUGUCACCCAUGUACACUCCUCUACACCCCUCUGUAACCCAUGUACACUCCUCUACACCCCUCUGUCACCCAUGUACACUCCUCUACACCGCUAGGUCACCCAUGUACACCCCUCUACACUCAUCUGUUACCCAUUUACACUCCUCUAAGUUCCUCCGUCACCCAUGUACACUCCUCUACACCCUUCUAUCACCAAUGUACACCCCUACACCCUUCUGUUAUCCAUGUAUACUACUCUGCGCUCCUAUGUCACCCACGUACACUCCUCUACACCCCCAACACCUCUCUGUCACCAAUGUACACCACUCUGUCACCCACUACGCCCCCUUUCACCCAUUUACACCCAUCUAUCACUCAUAUACACUCCUCUAAACCACUCUGACACCCAUGUACACAUCUCUACACCCCCAACACCCCUCUGUCACCUGUGUACACCCUUCUAUCACCCUGUACACCCCUUUCACCCCCUAUGUCCCCCUGUCACCCAUGUACACUACUCUAUGAUCCUCUGUCACCCAUGUACACUCCUCUACACCCCUUUGUCACCCAUGUACACUCCUCUACACCCCUCUGUCACCCAUGUACACUCCUCUACACCCCUCUGUCACCCAUGUACACCCCUCUACACCCAUCUGUUACCCAUUUACACUUCUCUAAGCUUCUCCGUCACCCAUGUACACUCCUCUACACCCUUCUAUCACCUAUGUACACACCUACACCCUUCUGUUAUCCAUGUAUACUACUCUGCGCUCCUCUGUCACCCUCGUACACUCCUCUACACCCCCAACACCUCUCUGUCACCAAUAUACACCACUCUGUCACCCCCUAUGCCCCUUUCACCCAUUUACACCCAUCUAUCACUCAUAUACACCUGUUUAAACCACUCUGCCACCCAUGUACACAUCUCUACACCCCCAACACACCUCUGUCACCUAUGUACACCCUUCUAUCGCCCCGUACAAUCCUCUUUCACCCUCUACGUCCCCCUGUCACCCAUGUACACUACUCUACGAUCCUCUGUCACCCAUGUACACUCCUCUACACCCCUCUGACACCCAUGUACACUUCUCUGUUACCAUGUACACUCAUCUACGCUCCUCUAUCACCCAUGUACACUUCUCUAGACACCCAACACCUCUCUGUCACCCAUGUACACCCCUAUGUCACUCCCUACCCCCCCCUAUCACCCAUGUACACCCAUCUAUCACCCAUGUACACUCCUCUAAACCCCUCUGCCACUCAUGUACACUCCUCGACACUCCUGUUACCCAUGUUCACCUUUCUGCUACCUUUUUACUCGUCAACUUUGGUAUGGGUUCCCUGCGAAAAUCGUUUUUUCCAAGGGGUGUCCCGAGGCGAAAAAGGGUGGGAAACACUGGUCUAAAGUAAACUUCUAUUAAAUAUUGAAAAAGGGGAUUGCUACAAAUAAAAAAACAGAGGAUAAAGAUCAUGAAUGUUCCUAAUCUCUGUACCUGAGAUAUGGUUGUGUUAUAUAUAAAGCUGUCCAUAGACGAUAUACUUAUUAAAAACACAUAUAUCUUCAUGUAUACGGGAAAGACUAUGACAUCUCUGCAGGUCUAGAUUUUACAUCUACCCUGAUUGUUAUCAGUAAUUAAUAUAAAUAUUAAUUACCUGUUUGGUGGUUCCUUUCUUGCAGCUGACGAGGGUAUAUGUCACGUUCACCUUUUCCCCGGGCAUCAGUCGUCUGUAAAAAAAAGACACAGCUGACGGGGGUAUAUGUCACGUUCAACUUUUCACCAGGCAUCAGUCAUCUGUAAAAAAGAAACAGCUGACGAGGGUAUAUGUCACGUUCACCUUUUCCCGGGCAUCAGUCGUCUGUAAAAAAAAGACACAGCUUACGAGGGUAUAUGUCACGUUCACCUUUUCCCCGGGCAUCAGUCGUCUGUAAAAAAAAGACACAGCUGACGGGGGUAUAUGUCACGUUCAACUUUUCACCAGGCAUCAGUCAUCUGUAAAAAAAAAACAGCUGACGAGGGUAUAUGUCACGUUCACCUUUUCACCGGGCAUCAGUCCUCUGUAAAAAAGACACAGCUGACGAGGGUAUAUGUUACGUUCACCUUCUCACCAAGCAUCAUUUGUAAAAACACACAGGACAAAGACCGGAACUCAACUGGACAGACUGUAGGAAAGACUCCUUUGUCAUGACACAGAUUUGUCCUUGAGUGAUUAUCUGGAGAGAUUACCCAAUGGAACCACUGUUUGUUUACAGACGAUGCACCACGCAAACUUACAGAUGAGAUUUUCACCUGACAGCAAGGAGGUUCUGUGAACAUACAUGGUGCACAUGUUUUCUUUGGCGCAAAACUUGUAAAAAUAUACUAAUAUAUAUAUAUAUAUAUAUAUAUACUAAAAAACAAAAGUAAAGGUUUCUUCUGAACCUCUGUCAUAAAGGGCAAAUUCUAACAUCAGCAAGACAAAUGUGUCCUGAGAAGACACACUUCCAUGGACGUCACUUUUUGCUUCUUCUGGCCAAUACAACAUCAUGUAUACAAAAAAUACAAAUGCUGACCUACUAACGGUAAUAUUGUAACAUGGGAUGAUAAAACUUUUAUUUUCAAGUGUAAUGCAAUUCCUAGUUCUUACAUUAUGGAGGCUGUAAAGUACAAUACCAGGGUGCCUCAAGCUGAUGCAAAACGACAACUUCCAGAAUGCCCGAACAGCCUUCAGUGGAGGGACUGAUAUAAAAGUAAUGUGUGAAAGUUAUUCUUGGAGCUUGUGAGUGUACUAAGAGUCACAGAAUUUAGAAGGGAUUUUUUAAAAUCUCUUUUGCAUUCACAUGUAGCAAUUAUUUUGUGUAGUCCCUAUCGAGAAUAAUGUGCUUUAUGAAUGGCAAUGCAAUCCAGUGACAGUCUUGUAUAUUUAGUCUCUGCACAGUGGUUCAAGGUGCAUAUUGCUGUGUAUGGUGUAGGUGCAUUUGAAAGCUCAGAUCCUGGAUCUGAAUGAGCAACCGGGACACUUAGACCUAUUGAUUAACAUGGAAAGGAGAUUGCUGCUCACUGGGGGAGGACGGUAGUAUGGUAGCAGGUGACGGAGGGUGGGGAAGAGCAUCCGUAAACUUGUUAGGUGGAAUUAGUUUUGAUCUGGCUCGUCCUAAGUUUGUGGAUAGGGGGAUGUUGGUUUAGGGCUAGCACUUCUGCAGGAGAAUGUCCGCUACCAGGAAAACAGAGUGCAGGACUGGCCAAGUGGUGCUGGUAGUGGGGAACACACGGGGCAAUCUGUCACAAAAACUAGGAUCGUCUAAUAGUCUUCCUGCAGCUCAAUUUUGACAUAUCGUUUAUCUGGUUGAUGGAUUUAUGGGAAGAGCAGGUAGAGGCUCACUGGGGCCAAUAUGAACAAUGAAUGAAAAGGAAUUAUCUGACCAUCCUUAUAGAGAUGAGGCAUAUGGUGUAAUAAAAUACUCACUGUCCCCAGUACAGACCUGAAUGAUCCUUUUUGAACAGUCACCCUGAGAUGUUCCUGCUCUUGGUCAGGAGACCUCUCUGGCAUUCGUAAGUUAAGUAUUGAUUAUGUUCACAUGCAUUUGGUGCGGAUCUUAAUGCAAGGACCUUAAGUGUACUAUUUUCUGAAAUGCUACCUGUACCACGUAUCCCACCAGAGGCGCAGUGGGAGAGAAGUGGCUCAAGAACUAGUGUAAUGAGGGCUUCAAGUACUUACAGCAUGGCUGUCCGGGCAUGCUGGAAGUUGUAGUUUGCAACAGCUGGUGACAUCCUGGUUGGGGAAAUGCUGACUUAAGUGAAAUAUGUUGACUUCUUUGUUGGAUAUAGACUAUAUGGUAAGAAUGAACUGCAUUGCAAUGGGGAAGGUGUAUUAGGAGAAAAUGGCUAGAUGAUUGAAGGAUUGUUUAUUUCUGUAGUUGCCCUUCCCCCGAUCCCUAGUGUAGAGGGCAAGACUGGUUAAUUACAAAGUCCCAUAAUUCUCUCUCUACCCUGGAGGGGAUAAGAAUAAUUAAGAGAGUCUUACCCUGCAGCACAUUGGGAUACUAUAUUGGUGCCAGUACUAUAUUUAUAUUUUAUUCCAUAUUCCCUAGUAGAUUUGUGUGGCUUUAUUAUUUUGAAAACUUGUGGGGUUCCCCCCCC